AUUCAUAUCCGCGCUGGCGCGCGGAUCAGGGUCUAGUAUAGUAUUAUAAGAAAUCUUACUAAUACUUCAAAGAUAGUUUAUCAGUAUUUGUGUUAUUUAUGAGUGAAGUUGUGAUUUAAAAAAAGAAGUUAAAUCCUUUUUCAUACAUUAUUAUUUUUAAAUAAGAAAAGUACAUCAUUUUUCCGGUGUCAAUAUCAUUUUUAUUAACUGAGAAUAAUUCAUUAAACUAUUACCGCCGUUUUAUGUUAUGAGAUCAUUCAUACCAUAAUCUUUGAAGUUCUUACCAAUAAAAUGAUGUAUGACCCAUUCCUCAUAUCUUACUGUAAAAUAUCUAAUAAAAUGCGUUUUUCAUAAGUUAAAUCAUAACUAUUAAUUCUAUAAAAAAUUCUAUUUUAUCAUAAAUCUGAUAUUAUUUUUCAAAUUUAUGUUUAGAAACACCUACAACAUGCAGACAUAUCCUGCUGGAUCCUAGUCAUGAACAUAUAGUGCAUCCAAAUAUUAUACGUUGUAAUGUGUUAAUAUUCUUGUAUACAUAUAUUAUAUACGCUCAAAUUGCAUUACCCUCUCCAUAUAUAGAUUACGUACAUUCAAAUCAAACUAAACAUAAAAAGGAACAAAACAAACCCCACGCUUCUUCCAUAUGGCCGACUCGACUCAGCCGCUUCUCUCCGAUUCCAACUCGUCCGAGUCAAAGCUUCCACCACCAAGAUCCCUCGACGAAACCAUCGAGCAGUGCAUCGGAAACUUCGGGUGGGCACAGUUUCUCCAAGCUGCUCUAGUCUCAUUCGCUUGGGUCUUCGACGCUCAGCAAACAUUCAUCACCGUCUUUACCGACUCAGAGCCCACGUGGCACUGCCUCGACUCGGACCGAUGCAACUCGUCCUCCAACCUCUGCACCUUACCCAACGAAACCUGGUCUUGGGACUUUAACCCACACGUGUCAACAAUAUCCGAGUGGGGCCUACAAUGUGCCGGCUCGCUCGUCAAGGGCUUGCCCGCAAGCUCCUUCUUCCUCGGCUGUCUGAUCGGCGGCCUAGCUCUGUCCACGCUCGCUGACUCAUCCGUCGGUCGUAAGAACAUGCUCUUGCUGUCGUGUCUGAUAAUGUCUCUGUCUUCCAUGUUAACGGCUUUCUCGACGAGCAUUUGGGUUUACGCGUUCUUGAGAUUCUUGAACGGGUUUGGUCGUGCCACGGUGGGGACAUGCGCGCUAGUUCUAUCGACUGAGCUAGUCGGUAAAAAAUGGCGUGGACAAGUCGGUGCGAUGGGUUUCUUGUGCUUCACGUUAGGGUUUUUAACGCUUCCGUUGUUAGGUUACAUCAAUAACGGAAACUCUUGGAGGUAUCUCUACGUUUGGACAUCGAUACCAACGCUAAUCUACUGCUGUUUAGUUCGAUGUUUCGUCUGGGAGUCUCCUAGGUGGCUAAUCGUAAAGGGCCGUAAAGAGGAAGCAGUCUCGAUUCUCCACAGCAUUGGUUCAUCAAACGCAAUCACUAUGAGCUUCUCCAACUUAUGUCUUGAUGUACAAGAGUCAUCAAACCCUGACGUUUACGACGCGUUAAGGAUCUUGGUGAAGAAACCGUGGUCGCUUAAGAGAUUAUUAGCGGUUAUGGCGGUUGGAUUCGGUAUCGGUAUGGUUUACUACGGAAUGCCGUUAACAUUAUCGAAUCUCAACUUCAAUCUUUACUUAGGCGUUGUGUUCAACGCCUUGUCUGAACUCCCAGCGUUUCUAAUAACGUUUUUCUUCAUGAAUACAAUCAAGAGAAGAGAGGCUUUGAUCGGGUUCACAGCUCUAAGCGGGAUCUCUAGCGUCCUAAUCGCGUCGCUAGGACGACAAAUAGGGUCGUUACAGAUUGUGUUAGAGCUGGUUUCGUUUUUCAGCGCGUGCACCGCGUUUAACAUGACGCUUAUUUACACUAUCGAGCUGUUUCCGACGUGUGUGAGGAACUCGGCGCUUGCGAUGGUGAGGCAAGCGUUGGUGUUGGGCGGCGUUUUUAGUCCGGUGAUGGUUGCUGCUGGUCGGGAAAAUCAGUUUUGGUCGUAUGUAAUGUUUGGUUUGGUCAUAGGGCUGUUUGGAUUGUUUGUGGUUGGGUUGCCGGAGACUAGAGGAAGUGUUUUAUGUGACACUAUGGAUGAGGAGGAGACUAAGAAUUUGACAAAAGAACAUAUUAUUGGUUGAUGGUGAAUGAUAAUGUUUUAGCUUCAUUUGAUGUAAUGGUAAAAAAAAUGUGCAUGUGUUAACUGGUUGAUCAGUCUUUGAUUCAAACAAUUAAUAGUUGAA